AUGGAUGAUGUGUGGAACCAAGGAGCAUGGGAAAACGUGCUUCGCACCCCCAUUCUUAAUGCCACCGAUACACAACCAGGAAGCCGAGUCUUGGUUACCUCAAGAAACAUUGAUGUUGUUCGGAGCAUGGGAGCUUCCAUCCUGCGUGUCGACACACAAAACAAUGAAGAUGCUUGGUGCUUGCUAAAGAAACAGCUACCACAGCCAGAGAUCGGUGUUAGAAGUGAUUUUGAUGAGCUGAAAGAUAUCGGGAUGAAGAUUGUAAAAAAAUGUGACGGGUUACCACUUGCUAUUAAAGUUAAGGGUGGACUCUUAAGCAAAAGAGAUCCAAAGGAACGUGUUUGGGAGAUUGUUUUGCACAAGAAUCUUGGAUGGAAUGAAGAAGACAGAUCAAGAGAGGAACUAAGUUACUCAGUAGGCUUGAGCUACGAUGAUUUAUCUCCAGAGUUGAAGCAAUGCUUUCUCUAUUACUCACUUCUGCCAAAGGGUUCAGGUUUUGAGAAGGAUAGAGUCAUUAGCAUGUGGAUUAGUGAAGGGUUCGUUCAACAUGAUGGGAGGUCAGAGUCAGGUGAAUUUGAUCUUGAAGAAAUAGGGGCUGAGUAUCACCGGGAGUUGGUAGAUAGGAAUCUUUUGGAGCCUGACGAUUCAGCUGAGAGCAUAUGGGAGUACACCUUGCAUGAUGUUGUCUGCUCGCUUGCUCAAUUUAUGUCUAAAGAAGAAGCUUUCAUGGUUCACAAGGAUCAAGUUGACAUUACAAAUCUUCUUUCGGAAAACAAAUAUUUUUGCCAUCUCUCAGUAAACGCGACUCAUUCAGAUUUAGAGUGGACCAUCCUAGAGAAGCAAAAAAGAUUGAGGACAUUAUUACUAAUAGGUUGUGAGAUUCAACCUGGUGGUUCAUUGGCAAAUUUUGCUAAUCUACGGGUAUUGGAUAUAAGCUCCAAGGAAUCAGAUUGGUUAGUGGACUCUUUGGGGGAGCUAAGACACCUAACAUACUUGUCAUUCUCCUAUACAGACAUAUCUAUGCUUCCAGGUGACAUCGAUAAGAUGAGGUUGCUUGAGCACAUUCAGCUCAAGGGUUGUACAAAGUUGGAAAAGGCUUCCUGA